AUGGUGCAAGGCACCUCAUUGGUUACAGUCCCGUUCACAGCUGUUUUGAAACCAGUGGUUAGGCACCCUGGAUACCGAUACGAAAAGCCUAAGAUCCAAUUCCACUUGAAAAAACCAGGAGGAUGGAAACCAGUAAGGCCAGCUGGUUUGCCAGUUAAUGUACCACCACCGAUUUCGAACCCAAUUCACUUCGAUCAUUUCCAUACUACUGGGGCUGGCCAUUUGGAUGUUAUCCACAAUAGACCAGUACAGCAUAUAGAUCAUAUCCAUACCAGGCCAGAACACAUUCACUUGGACCACAUCCAUACUAGGCCGCAACAUAUCCACUUCGAGCAUAUCCACCAGGUACCCGUCCAGCAAUUAGCCCUAGCUCCACAACCAGUUGCAGUAAGUCCAACAAUUCCGCAGCCUCUACCAGUCCCACUUGUACCUCAGCAUGUUCCUGCUCCUCCACCAGUGCUGCAUCACCCUGCUCAUCUAGUGCCUCCAACUCCGUUCUUCGAGGUUACGAAGCCUAACUUGGGUGUGCUGCCCUUCGGAGCAGUGUUCAAUACCCAUGUUCUGAGGGAGUUACCAGCUCCACAGCUCAGACCAGUGUUGCCAGCCUUCACACCAGCAGCUCCAGCUGUGCCUUUACCUCCGGCGGUACCAGUAGCUCCUGCAGCGCCAGUAGCUCCAGUACCCGCCAGCACCAGCAGUCUCAGUCGUACCAGCACCACAACCUCUUCCUGGACCACCUAG